AGAAAAACCCUUGAAUGAGUAGAUGUUUUAAAACUUUUGACCGGUAGUGUAAAUACAGUACCCAUUGAUUCUUGAAGAAUAUGACUUGUAAAAUGUCCCAUCAGCUUAGUUCAUUUGUCGUACCCCAUCAGAACUCAAAAUAUAAACUUGUUUUACUCAAUUGUUUGUAAAUGAUGCAAUUGUAAAAAUUAAAUAAAUACUUUAUAGCCUCAAAAGAUGGUUAUAACUAUAGUUUUGAUAUCAUGGCUGGUCAGUUCUUCCAUCCAUAGCUCUCUGAAUUUGAGACUGUUACAAUUCUCAAGCCCCAUCCCUCAGUUGUGUACCAAAUAACAGUGGCAGGGGUUGGUGGCUUUGUUGUUGUUAAAACCGCAGAUUGCCAGUUUAACCAUUGGACAACAGCAUGGUAUGCUGUUUUUCAGUUAUAUCACUUGGUUAUCGUCAUAUCCAUUGACCCCCUCUAUGUCUCAGUGGGAAAGCAUUCAAUAUGGUUAAUCAUUUAUGGAUUGGUGUGUAAUGCUUUCAAUGCCAAAGUCUGAAAAUGGCAUGAAAAUGUCAUUUCUAACCUGCUCAAUCCACUGCCUACAUUAUUGCAGAUGGUGUUCUUUGGGAUGGCCGUGGUGAAUGAUCUUCAGACUGGGAAAAACACAGUCAUGGGUCUUGACAAGUGGAAAGACCUCAUCUUCUCUGUCCUUGCCUUCCCUGUAGGCAUGUUUGUGGUGCUGCUUUUCUGGGUGAUCUUUGCCUAUGACAGGCAGCUUGUCUACCCAGAAUCUUUAGAUGCCUUCUUUCCUCUCUGGAUGAAUCAUGCUAUGCACACCGUUGUUAUGCCGGUCUUACUUGGGGAGAUCCUGCUUCAACAUCAUGUGUACCCAAAGACUAAAAACGGCUUAGCUGCCUUAGGAGUUGUGGGCUUGGCUUACUUGGGCUGGGUGAUAUUUAUCUACUUGGCGGUAGGUCUUUGGGUGUAUCCUCUCCUCGGGCUCCUUAGCACCUCUGGUGUGUUGGGGUUAUUCCUCUUGAACAUGACAGUGGUGACAAUGAUGUAUCUGCUAGGACGGACCCUAAACAACUGUGUCUGGGGAAAAGGCAAGACGGCGACUAAAAAUAAAUGAAACUGCCCAUUUUCCUCUUUGAAUCCAUUGGGGCCUGAUGCAUUGUUGUCACUCAGAUUUCGCCAACAUGCCUCAAGAAAUACUGUAUGUGUAUGAAUAGAAAUUGCACACAGGGUCAUAUGUCAUAUGUGCUGUCCUCUGACAACAUAGUUUCUAACAGACAUACUGUUGUUUUUCUUUAUUCAAUAAAUGUUAUCAGCAUCACAAUAACAAAAUAUAACUCACAGUUGAAAAAAAUUGAAAUCACAGGUAGGCCUACAUCAGGUUGAUUGGCUAAGUCCUUUUCCACCAGGAAGUUAUCACAACAUUCUCAAAGCAAUCGUUCUCUACUUACCAAAAUUCUCUGACUACAACUUGACCAAAUGAGAAUAUGAGAGUAAACAAGGGGUGAUCAAAUAUCUCACCAAUUGUUUUAACUUUUUCUCUUGAGAUUGGAAUAUCGUUGUGUUUUCAUAACGUGUGGAAAUCAUGAACAGUUUGUGAGCUAUUAUAGUCUCAAAACCAUGGUUGUGUACUUUUACCACAACAGGAAAUUGGAUGUUUGCUUUUUUGACCAAACAUGUAAUUACAAGGCACAAAAAAAGCAUGACAUAAAUAUGAUGUAAGUCAUGUUCCUUUUGUAGAUAUAAUUUCAUUAUUCAAUAAUUAACUAAUCAAAUAAAAGGGCAGCACAUCACUGCAAU